AUGGCUGCUGUUUAUGCUGGAUCCCCAAAGAUGACGGAUAUUUAUGAGCCGUAUUCGGAGUACUGCCCAAGAUGCCAGACACAUCAUACCACUCGAAUCGAACGAACUCGUGGAAACUGCUGGUGGAUCACAUUUGUUCUCGGAUGUAUCUUCUUCUUUCCACUCUGUUAUUGGUUGUGUUGUGCAUCAUCAAAGGACACGAAACACUUCUGUCCAUCGUGUGGAACUCUGUUGGCUGUCAGACAAGGAGGAUGUUAA